CCCACAGAGGCGAGUCAAGUUGGCAGAAGGUGUGGCAGAGCCGAUAAGGUGGCUGAGACACCAAGGGGGUACGGGAAGGAGGGGGAACGGUCUUGAGAUUGAUGCCCGGUGAUCUUUAUCCUGCCCUCUCCAUGCAGUUUCCCAUGGGCCCCGCCUGCAUCUUCUUGAGAAAAGGCAUCGCUGAGAAACAGCGGGAAAGACCACUGGGGCAAGAUGAGAUUGAAGAGCUCCGGGAAGCAUUUGUUGAGUUUGACAAAGACCGAGAUGGGUUCAUCUCUUGCAAAGAUUUGGGGAAUCUGAUGAGGACAAUGGGGUACAUGCCCACGGAGAUGGAGCUGACUGAACUGGGCCAACAAAUACGCAUGAACUUGGGUGGCCGUGUAGACUUUGAGGAUUUUGUGGAGCUUAUGACCCCUAAGUUGCUUGCAGAAACAGCUGGGAUGAUUGGGGUCCAGGAGAUGCGAGAUGCCUUCAAGGAGUUUGACACUAACGGGGACGGGGAGAUCACACUGGCGGAGCUGCAGCAGGCCAUGCAGAGACUGCUGGGGGAAAGGCUGACCCCCCGGGAGAUCGCCGAGGUGGUCAAGGAGGCCGAUGUUAACGGGGACGGCACCGUUGACUUUGAAGAGUUUGUGAAAAUGAUGUCUCGCUGAGAAGGUCCUGGAAG